AUGGAUGACGCUCUUAUUGGUGUUACCAUUCAGAUCAUGUUGGAGAAGACACUUUCACUUGCCACAGAUGGCAUUGGAAGGGCUUUUGGAUUCAAGGAGGAGUUGGAGAGCAUGAAGGAAUCUCUUGCCAUGAUUCGAGCAGUGGUAGCUGAUGCAGAGGAAAAGCAAGGACACGAUCAGGCUGUGAAUCUGUGGCUGAAGAGGCUUGAAGGAGUGGCUUUUGAUGCUGAUAAUGUGUUGGAUGAGCUCAACUAUGAAUUUAUCAGGAGACAACUGAAGGGAAAGAUGAUUAUGGGAGGUGGUGCCAGUUUGGCUCCUCUUCCUCUCCCUGCUACUAGUCGGGAGACUGACUCUAUCGUUCGUCAAAAUGUUUUUGGAAGGGCCAAUGAUGCAUCCAGAAUAGUGGAGACAUUGUUGAGCACAUCUGAAAAAGCUGUUUCUGUUGUUCCCAUAACAGGCAUGGGGGGGUUGGGGAAAACAACUUUGGCUCAGUUAGUGUACAAUGAUCCAAAAAUUCGUGGGCAUUUUGAUAAAAAGAUGUGGAUUUGUGUGUCUGAGAAUUUCGAAGUUACUAGGCUAUUCAAACUGAUCUUGGAAUCAUUAACAAAGCAGAAAGUUAAAACUCAAAGCAGGGACGUUAUAGCUCAAGAUAUUCGGAAAGAACUAGAAGAAAAGAAAUAUCUUCUUGUGCUUGAUGACAUUUGGGAUGAGAGAUCUCAACUCUGGGAUGAUUUUUUCCAAUCCUUGGUGGGAAUUACCAACACAAUGGGAAACUGGAUCCUUGUCACUACGCGUAAGCUAAAAGUGGCAUCGAUUGUGGCUACGCAUCCUACUUAUGGAUUGGAUAUAUUAUCAGAUGAUGAUUGUUGGUCCAUAUUCAAAGAAAAAGCAUUUGCAGGUGGAGAAGUACCAAAAGAAUUGGAAGAGCUUAGAAAUAGCAUCACGAAAAGAUGUCAAGGUCUACCUCUGGCUGCAUGUGUAAUUGGUGGUUUACUACGUAUCAAGAGAAAAGAAGAGUGGCUACCAAUUAUAGAGAGUGAACUUCUGCACUUGAGUCAGAGUGAAAAUAGUGUCAUGCAGCUACUUAGGUUGAGCUUUGAUCAUUUGCCAACUGCAUCCGGUUUUCUUCAAGCAAGUGAUGAUGAGGAAUUAGAGGAUAUAGGCAACAGCCAUUACCACAUUUUAUUAGAAAGUUCAUUGUUGGAAGCAUGGUUCAAAGUCACGGUCGCGGUUGUGGUCGCAGCCCGGAACGUUCCACAUCGAUUUGGCAAAAUGCAUGAUUUCGUCUUUGAUCUUGCACGAUCAGUUUCAAGAUCUGACAGCGCAAGGGAGGACCAUUACCAGUCCAGGUACCUAGUAUUAAAUUCAUCUGGGGUAGAAGCAGAAGUAAACUUGAACGACAAAUUCACGUCAGUAAGUACGUUAGAUUGGCUUGAGAGUGUCAUGCCUGGUGACAUCCUUGCAAAAUUUAGGUACUUGCGCAUUCUGAGGUUGCUUUCGGUGACUAGUGAGGUGCUACCAAGCUCAAUUAGCAAGCUGAUUCAUUUGAGGUUGCUUGAAAUUUCAUACUCUAGAAUAAGAGCAUUGCCAGAGUCCAUUUGCAAGCUUUAUAAUUUGCAAACACUGAUAAUUCUUGAAUCUGGUGACCAGAGAAUUGGUAUGGAGCUUCCAAAGGGGAUGAGAAAUUUGAUUAACUUAAGACAUCUCAGCUUUUUUACUUUUGACAGUGAACUCCAAAUGCCUAAAGGGAUGGGACAAUUGACUUCCCUUCAGACACUACAGUUCUUCAAUGUUGGAAAGGGUAAAGGCCGCACAAUUGGGGAGCUGGGCUGCUUAAAAAAUCUUAGAGGCCGCCUUCAGAUUCGCAAUCUAGAACUGGUAAAUGGCAAAGAAGGAGCUCAGCAGGCAGAUUUACUGAAAAAGCCUUAUGUGGAUGACUUGGGAUUCCAAUGGGGUAGUGGUAAUCGAGAAGAUGACAAUGAUGAAAAUGUGUUGGAAGGCCUCCAACCCCAUCCAAAUCUGCAUAGUUUACGCAUUAGAAAUUACAAUGGUGGCCGAUUUCCACAAUGGUUAAUGAACAUGGCAGUAUGCAUGAAUAGCAUGGAUGCAUCAUCAUCAACAAGACUAAACAAGUUGGUAAAGCUGAGAUUAAGAUAUUGCAAAAUGUGCACUGAAGUCCCCGCCCUUGGACUGUUGCCAUCUCUUCAAUUUCUCGAGUUGAAAGGCUUGGAGAACUUAAAAUGCAUUGGACCAUCAUUCUAUGGCAUUGCCGAUUAUUACUGUGGAUCACGAAGCAGUAGAGGUAGUGGUGAAUGGUCAAGCAAUUUGUUUCCGGCUCUUAAAACUCUCAAGUUAGUAAAUAUGCCAAACCUAAUAGAGUGGUUGGGAGUAGAAGCAACACCAACAGGAGAUGGUAAUGAAGGACUGCGAGUGUCCUUUCCUAGUCUUGGGGACUUGAAUAUUAAGAUGUGCCCCAAAUUGACCACAGCUCCAAGUAAUUUCCCAAUGCUGAAGGGAUUGACAAUCGAGAAGAUGGACCAGCUUUUGCCCAUAAAACAGAUCUGCAGCAAUGCAACCACUCUCAAUGACCUCUGGAUCAGAGGAAUGCCGGAGCUUACUUGUGUUCGAGAUGUGCUGACCAAACAGAAUUUAGAGUGCCUAACAUUGGAGGACUACCCCAACUUGAUUGACAUACAGGGCUGCGGAACUUCUCUGAAAAAAUUGGAGAUUGUCAACUGCGAGAAGCUAAGCGAGCUGCCAGAAGAUCUGCAUCAGCUACAGGCUUUAGAAAUACUAAAUGUGAUGCAAUGUCCAAAUAUCAAGUCAAUUGCAAUUCCUUCAGGACAGCACGGCCUCAAAUUCCUCCGAGAAUUGAGAAUUGUUGAUUGCAGCGGGUUGAACAGCCUACCAGCUGAAAUGUUACACUCUCGUACAUCUCUUAGUCGUCUGGCGGUGAAAAGGUGCUCCAACUUUGAGUCAUUUCCAAUUGAUUUGCAACAAACACCGUCUCUGGUUACGUUAGUCUUAUCUUUUUGUCCCAAACUGACCACUAUACCCAAAGGACUUAGUCCCUUAUCUUGCUUGAGGGUGUUGAGUAUAGGUCCCUUCCCAGACUUGAGGCUGGAAGCUGAAUUGUUAUCGGCACUGGCUUCCUCAUCUGUCCGUGCCCUCACAAUUGUUGGAUGGCCUCAUUCAAACUCGCUGCCAGAACAGCUUCAGUACCUGACUGCCAUUACACUACUGAGAAUUGCCAAGUUUGGAUCAGUUGAAACUUUACCUGACUGGUUGGGAAACCUUGGCUCUCUAGAAAGACUACACCUGAUUGAUUGUGAAAAGCUUCGGUAUCUGCCUCCUAUGGCAGCUAUGCUACGUCUCACCCAACUAAGGUUUCUGUCGAUUGCUGAUUGUCCUUUGUUACAAGAAAGUUGCUCCAAGUCUGAGUGGUUGAAGAUAUCUCACAUUCCCACCAUACUGAUUGAUGAUGAAAGAGUUGAUCUAACUCAACUUUGA